CUGUUGAACAGUUUUUUUCUGGUGCAGUUUGACGUCAAAGUUUAGCGUCCUGUUUCCAUAGCAACGGAGCAGCUCGACGUCGACGACACGGACAGAAGACCGUCUUCACAAGAAACAUGUCUUCACCCAGGGUGGGUGUGGUCAGAGACUCCAUGUUGACCAAUCCAUUGCUCAUCAAGGCGUCUUUGGGUCAGACAAGGUCCAGAGGUCUGUCAGUUCCUGGUCCAGAGUUCACUUUUGGAACCAGCAACUUGCUCAGAGAUGGAGGCGUGUCUGAGGUUCUGUCCAGUUGGAGGGUUCAGUCCGGACGUGGACACUCUGCUCCUCAUCAACCACUCAUUACGGACUUUGUGUCUCUGAACCGGGACGCAGUGAAGUCAGGUCUGGUGACGGCUAAAGAGCUGAGUCAGUACCGAGCUCAGAAGGGUGAGGACAGCAGCAAGAUUCCUGCCCCCAAACAGCAGGAAGGCAGAGCUUCACGUCGCCCAGCGGUGCCCGACAUCACGUUUGGAGUCACAACCAGGGUGUUGUCUCCUCUAUCAGACCUCCUCUCUCAUGAGUAUGCUCACCGCUGGAUGGAUGAACAGCUGAGCAGGAAUCAAACCAGCAACCACAAAAAGCUGCAGAGGAUAAAACCAGGAUGUAUUCCCGACACAAGGACCAGCCUGCUGAGGAGGAGCAAAGCUCUGCCCAUCACACAGACACCGGUCAAACUGCCCCGCUUCAUACAUGCUGCUCCGGCUCUGGACACCUUCAGGGACCAGGAGGCUCGUCUCCAGGCGGUCAGGGCUCAUCACUCAGACUCUGUGUCCAGGAGAGGAGUUCAGGGUCUGGGGACGUACAGUGUGGACUGAGCUGAGGAUAAAACAACAUGUUCAACCUUAAUUCAAAUAAAUGAAACAAAAAAAUCAUAAA